GGAUACUCAUGCGUACAACAUGGCGGACAUCAAAGCGUUGGAACAUUCUACACUGAAGGUGCCUUACGAGCUUCUCAACAAAAGAUUUCGGGCGACCCAGAAGGCUGUGGAUCGCGAGAGCUCGUAUUUGACGACCGUCGCCAAUGAUUUUUCUGUGAAGAUUAGGGAUUGCAAUGACAAGAUCAUGGUAAAAGAAGCCGACGACAUGUUGGAUAACGUCGUUCAACGCUUACAGACUCUGAAAAGAAAGGCUGAUGAUGGUCUGGAACAAGAGUUGCAAUUGGUUGACACGUGUAGAAAACGAUUGGAGCACUUGAGUGAGUAUGCUACAGAGGGACGAUUGGCGAUGCCAGCUGUCCAAGCAUGGAAGCGCAAGAGGAUGGACCGAAUGUUAGUUGACCACUGCCUUCGAUCAGGAUUCUAUGACACAGCAGUACAACUGGCAAAAGAUGCCAACAUUGAACAACUUGUUGACAUUGAGGUGUUUAUGGUGUCUCGUCGAGUUGAAGACUGUUUGUCUAACAAAGACACUGCACCAUGUUUAUCAUGGUGUUAUGAAAACAAGUCAAAGCUAAGAAAACUAAAGAGUACGUUAGAAUUUAAUGUUCGUGUACAAGACUUCAUUGAAUUGGUUAGAGACGGAAAGCGAGUAGAUGCAGUAAAGUAUGCACAGAAACAUUUGAGUUCAGCCGAACCUCAUCUUCUUGGUGAAGUUCAGUCAGCGAUGUGCUUACUAGCGUUCUCUCCUCAAACUGAAUGUCUACGAUACAAAAAAUUGUUUGACCCCAAACGAUGGGAUGACCUGGUCACACAGUUUCGCCAAGACAAUUUUGCUCUUCAUCAACUGAAUGGCCAGUCAAUAAUGUCAGUCACAUUGCAAGCUGGCCUCUCUGCUCUGAAAACACCGCAAUGUUACCAGAAGGCCCAGCAGAACAUUGAUUGUCCUGUAUGCACACAACCAUUAAACUGUCUUGCUACUCCUCUGCCAUUUGCACACUGUACUCAAUCACGCUUAGUUUGCUGUGCCAGUGGUAGUCGGAUGAAUGAGCACAAUCCACCAAUGGUUCUACCGAAUGGAUAUGUUUAUGGUCAUAAUGCACUGGUGGCUAUGGCAGAAAGCAACAAUGGGAGAAUCACAUGUCCCCGAACGAAAGAGCAGUACAAACUAAGAGAUGCAGAAAAGGUUUAUAUUAUGUAGACAGGUUUGGAUUGUAACAAUAUUGAACGUAAAUUGUUGCAUCAUUACAAGUUAUAUUGCAUGACUAUUGAACAUAUAGACAAUGUAUAGCCCAUUUCUCGUUUCUACCAAUUGGUCUUUGAAGGUACAGUAUUUAUCACAGUA